GGGGGGAGGGUAUAAAAAGGAUGGGUUGGGAUUUCAGCUUUUAGGAUUUAGAGCAUUGCCCAUCGUCGUUUGUCGUCGUCGUCGUCGUCGAUUAUCUUCAUAGACUUGGUUUUUUAGACGUUUGUUUUUAGACUUUGCAGAGAGACAUUUAGAUUAUACAGAAAUGGGUCGAAAAUCAGCCAUUGCCGUUUCGCUUCUCGCUGCUGCCACGUCGGUUUCCGCCGUCACUUUGCCCACCGGAAACCCCGACAAGAACGACGGAUACUGUCUCUCGGGAACAUACACGUUUGCCAACAAGGACCGCGUCUUUGAUGCCACACCUCAUGUCGGAGUACCAGACAACUUUGACUACUCGAAAUACGACUUUGUCAUCCAGAACGGUGGACAAAAGAACUUUCGCAUAGCCAACAAUGUUGCAACCUUGGCCCUCACCAAACCAGCAAACAUUAGCGCUCCCGCCGACAUUACAAAGGGAUCUCUUGCUCAAUGGAUCAAAUACGGAAAGGUGACGGCCAAAAUGACGGCCGCUGCCGUUCCCGGUGUCGUGACAACCUUCAUCUCCAUGUCAGAGCGCGGUGAUGAGAUUGAUUGGGAAGCGGUCGGCGGUGAUGCCAACAGCAUUCAGUCCAACGUCUUUUACAAGGCUAUUGUUGAGUUCCAAGUCCACGGGGGCGUCCACAACGUGACAGACAUUACAAAGUUCCACGAAUACACGAUCGACUGGAAAUCCACAGGCAUCACUUUCGCCAUCGACGGUGUCCCAGUCCGCACUGCAACUCCUGCCGGAGAGACCGCAAAGUCAAAGGCCGUUCCCCCAGGCGAGCAAUGGUUCCCUACCACACCCUCCAUGUUCCAAUUCUCCAUCUGGCAAUCCGACAGCGAAUGGGCCGGCGGUAAAGUCGACUGGACAAAGACCAAUGAAGCUGUCUCGCAGAUUGAAUCCGUUACCGUUGAGUGCUACGAUGACAAGAACCAGCCUGUGAAAUACUGGCCUGCUAGUGCUCUUGCUCGCUCGCAGACAGCCGUCAAGGACGCUCCCAAGCCUGCUUCACCAGACGGUAAAGGCACUGGAACCGGAACAGGAACCGGAACUGGCACGGGUCAGAAGGGCUCCAGCGGAAGUAACUCGAACGGUUCAAAGACGGGAUCGGGCGCCAUUAGCGGUGCAGCAGCACCCGUCGCCUCCAUUCUGAGCGUACUGGGUGCUGCUGCCGCCAGUAUCGCCGCCUUUUUCAUUUAGAGCCCUUUCCCACGUAUAACAUUCUAUGAUGCAAGCAAUGCUUGUAAACAGUUUUUGACACUAUCGUUAUCAUGUAGAUCUCCUACCUCGAUUCCCAUUGAGGAUUUUCUGUCUAUGUAAUCAGCAAUACUCAUGUUUGGUGUUGUCAUAUCCAUAUGUUGAUAGUUUUUUGUAAAGAUGUUGAAAGCAAAUAUAAUGUUGUGCUGGUCAGCAACACGAAAUGGUUUGUGCGCCAGGAGAGCCGA